AUGACGGAACCAGCGCCAGGUUACAGUAAACUCUUUGUACUAAAGGAGUAUUGGUACGGACUUAGACCAAACAAGCCAGAGUUUGUUCCUAAGGAUUAUCCGGACUUAACAGGCAAAACUGCCCUUGUGACGGGUUUCAACGCAGGUAUCGGUUAUGAAGUGGCGAAAUUACUGUAUUCGAAAAACUGCAAUGUUAUCGGGAUAGUGAGGACAGAAACAAAAGGAUUGGAUGCUCGUAAACGUAUACUCGAAGAUGUUGCCGAUAGUACGGGGGAUGUUCAAGUCGUUGGUGGCUGUGAGCUCUCUGAUUUGACCACGAUCAAGGCAGUUGCUACUAACGUCAAGAAGAUCGUUGGGGAGAAUCCGAUAAGUAUAAUAAUUCAUAACGCAGGGAUUAUGCCUCCUACAAAUACUGGGACCUCAAAACAAGGCUUUGACUUGAUUUUUGCCACAAACGUGCUGGGGCCACAAUUAUUACAACACUUCCUCGAUCCUCUGUUCUUGAAAAAGGACGACGACCUGAAGAGAAUUGUUUGGGUUUCUUCUUCAGCACACUUCAAUGGUUUUGAGGAGUAUGGUAUCAACUGGGAGAAUCCGACUUUCGAAGGCGUUGAAGCUGCAAAAAGGCCCCCUGCAACAACAUUGUAUGGUCAAUCGAAAGCCGCGAACAUUUUGCAGGCAAAGGCAUGGGCCACUAGACACAAAGAAAUUGUGGAUCAGAUCAAUUGUGUUUCUGUUUCCUGCUUCCCGGGUGUUCUAAAAAGUGAGUUGACCAGGGAUUACUCCUCGUGGAUGCAUUUGAUCAAAAACGUACUAUUUUGGGAUUGUGAGUACGGAGCAUAUUCUGAACUUUAUGCAGCACUUUCUCCAAAUCUAACUCUCAAAAAUGAGGGUGCGUAUAUUGUACCCUUCGGUGAAAUUCACGAGCCUAGAGACGACAUAAAAGUAGGAUUGACCAACGGCACUGACCUUAAGCUGUGGGAUCUCGUAGAAAGUAUCAUCGGGAAGUAUUUUUAG